UCUAUUUCCCAUCAUGCUCAGCACAAAAAAAAAAACAGAAAUUGGACAUGCGUGAUAAAAUAACAAAAUAGGAAUAAAUUAUCAUUAGUUAAUACAAACUAAUGAUACAAUUAUGACAAGCCGUAUUAUUUCUGGUGACCCGUGAAACAUAAAUAUAUAUAACAUAAGUAUAUACAUAUAAUAUAAAUAUAUAUAGAUAUAAUAUACACAUGUAUAAUAUAGCUAUAUAUUAUACAUGUAUAAUAUAUACAUACAUAUAUAUGUAUGUAUGUGUAUAUGUAUUAUGUAUUUGAUAUAAAUACAAGUAGCACUAAUAUAACUUUCAUGUUCAACAGCUGCUUUUGGAAGUCACCCUCAACAGUGCCUUGCUGUCUGCCUUCAUUGUAGAGGAUCAUCAGUAUCAACUCUUCGAGAACUGCUUGCCCCUUGCAGAAAACGCCUUCCAGAUGGUUGACCUGGCCCUGAAUGUGUGCUUCCUAGGCCCAUUCCUCUUAAGGAUGGCUUUAGCAGAAAGUAUGUGGAAAUUUCUGCUGUCCCGUUACACCAUUGCAGAUUACUGCACUAUACCAACAGCCAUCUUUGGAGUGAUUAUUGGGAGGUCCUUUGUGUGUUUCCAAUUUAUGAGGAGCAUCUUCUUACUGAAGGCCACAGAAAUGAGAGAAUCUGCAGAGAUAUCCUAUUGGUUUCUCAUUAGAAAGUUCCUGUCCGAAAUUCUAACAGGCUGUUUAUUAAUUGCUGGGCUCAAGCAUGUUUUUGAGUGUUUUUUCGACUUCACUUCUUUGGAGGGACCGCAUGACUUGACCUACGGAUCUUGGAUCUACUCCACAGUGAAAACAAUAAGUAGUAUUGGCUUUGGUGACAUGACGUGCAAGACAACACACUGCAAGCUUUGGGCUUCAAUAUCCCUAGUCUGUUCUUUGUAUUGGUUAGCAUCAAAAAAAUCUACGCUGAUGAGGAAUAUCAGCAAACUACCCAAAUUCAUCACGCCAUACAGACCAAAAGUGUCUCGCGGGCACAUUGUGUUCUGUGGCUUCCUAGACGCUCAGAAGAUCCGCUCCUUUGUGACACAUUGGACAAACAGGGGAGUUGACCUUGUCUUUCUGGGCGAUUGUACUCGGGGCAAGGAUGAUGAAGACCUAUUCCCACCACUCCUAGACUUGCAUCCUGUUCAAGGCCUGGUUCAAGAUGGUCAACAACUUGUUGCGAUCCAUGAAGCCUGUGCUUGUAUUAUUCUUUCAAACCAAAAGAAUAUGGACCAAGAAGGGGAAGAUUUCGGAAACAUCUGCUUGGCAUUGUGUGCCUCGCGUUCCACUACUUCUCCAGUCUAUUUGGAAUUGCUGCAGUCUAAGAGCAAGAAACUCUUUGAUGAGCUUUUCCAGUCAAGACGAGAACUCAAUCUGAGUGUCUUCUGCUAUGCAGAGUUUAAACUUAGACUGGUGGGCUAUUCAUGUCUUGUCCCUGGAUUCUCCACAUUACUGGCAAACCUUAUUUUGCCAGAUAUGGCAAAAGAUAUGGGCAAUCAGACCUAUGAGCUCAUCUGGGAGAAAGAGUACAACUUUGGCAGAAGCUCUUUUAUCUACACUACCCGUUUGUCGGCCUCUUUUGAAAGCCUGACAUUGCAUGAGGCUGUUGAAUUAUGCUACAAGAAGUUGGGGCUCAUCCUUUUAGGCAUCAAAACUGAUGAGGGCAAAAGUAGCAAGGUAAUUGUUUAUCCUAGCAAUGCAUAUUUUGUCAUCCCAGAAAAUACCGUGGGAUAUUUUUGCACUCGGGAAAUUGAGAUUCUUCAAAGAGCUUCAUUAUAUUGUUCCUUGUGCAGUCAGGAUGAGGAAGGACUGUUUGAUGGCCCUUGUAAAUGUGAUAAGACUGAAAAGAGAAAGAUGAAAGUUAAGACCCAGGAUUUUGACAAGACCUCACUCUGUGCUUCUGGUGCUGGACCUGCAAGACCUUUACAGACAGUAGAUGAGAAUUUUGUUGGCUCCUCUGAGAAAAAGUUUGAGGAGUUCAUAAAGACACAAGAUGAGCUGAAGGCUUUUGAUUUAGACGGCCAUGUAGUUGUCUUCGUCUUAGCCAAUCAAGAUUCGCCAGCCAGUGGACUCGAGAACCUAUGCCACCCUUUGAGGUCCAAUUGUGUCCAUCCUUCUCACCUCCAUAGGAUCAUCAUCAUAGGACCACUCGACUACCUGAGGAAAGAAUGGGUCCAGUUACGGGGAAUCCCUGAGAUUUACUUUGCUGAUGGUUAUCCAUGGGCCAAAGAAACCCUAGAGGUUGUGAAACUGGCCUCUUGCCAGAUGUGUGUCCUCCUCAAUGCUGGGCCAGAGAAACUGGAUUCACAUUUCAACUUCGCAUUUGAAGUGCUGAAGGUGACUUCAAGUCAGUUAGUUCGCACCAAGAACAAGGCAGCUAUGAUGUUUGGCGGUGCUCCCACAGUGAACGGACAGUGCAACUUCUGUAAGAGGCUUCCUGUUCUAGUGAGCCAUAUCACUGAUGAGCCGAUGACACCUGCCAAUGACACCCUUGCAGUGGCCGUAGGAUGGACAAUUCCUCCUGCACUCUGUCUCUCUUUUGCAUAUUUGAACUAUGACAGAUCAGACAUCCUCAGCUUUGCAUGCACACUCCUGCAAGGCGGACUAUCACCUGAAUCCCUUGUGAAACAAAGUUGUGUUGGUUAUGAUCAGGUUCAAGUACGAUUACUGGUUCCUCUAGAUGCAAAGUGUGAGACAAUCAAUAAUGGAGGAACAUAUGGAGAACUUUUUUGCCUUGCUCUGCAUAACAACAUGCUAUGCCUUGGACUCUACAGAGAACUGGUUGAAAGUUCUGAAGAACCUCCUUUGAGGUACGUGAUAACAAACCCUGAGGAUAAUUUCAAAGUGUACUCGACUGACCUCAUGUUUGUCCUGUGCCGCAGAUCAAAGGAGGAGUCAACCCAGAAGAUCUGAUUGUGGACUUGAAGCUUAAAGAAUUCUAGGGGCAACUGAUGCUCCUAAUGAAAGGGACUGUGUCUUCUUAAUGACCACAGCCAGGACCAAACAAGCCAACAGUUUAGGGCACCCAACUUACAGCUCAUCCAUGCAUAAUCUGAGAGGAUGCCACCAGUGUGAGGGACAGAGGAAACAGACUCAGUAGCAGCAGGCAGACAAAUGUUCUACAAGUUGUCAUUUUUGGCUUUCCUGGCACUUCAGCAAAUGAUGAGGAAGAAGGCAAUCAUGAGGCCAAUUAGGUUUUAUUUUUUUAUGUUAAGAGCUCUCUUUUUCCUUCAAUUAGGCAGUUAUCUAAUGGGUCUUAAUGGUGCACUAUUUAGUAUUUAGAUGUAAAAGGAAUAAGGAGAGUAAAGUGCAUUUGUCUUCAUCAGUUGACUUUAAAGUAUUUUAUUUUCAAGAGUGGAAUAUAGAAUGUACAACCAUUUCCCUUAAGGGUCUUUUUUUCAGUAAUUAAAGAGAAAUUGAC